UUGAGCGGCGGCGGGGCGGAGCCGGGGCGGAGCGCCGGGCUGUUGGGAAGCGGUGUUUGUGCGUGGUAGCAUAGCUGUAGUUUCUUUAGCUGGCACGACUCGUCAUGCAUUCCGGAGUUUUGGAGUAAGCCAGUCCCGGCGCGGAGAGUCGCCAUCAUGUCCUCCAGCGGCAUCUACACGGACAUCGAAUUCCCCGAACAGGGCUGGGAACAAAACAUCCGGUCAACAUACGGCAGAAAUUUUAUCUUCUUGGGAGUCGCCAUUGUUCUGCUUGUCGUCUUCAUCAUUCUCAUCAUGGUGCUCAUCAAAUGCUUCGCAAAUCUUUUCAGAGUCGAGCGCGCUCCCUCCGUGCCGCCGUCCAUGUCGACUAAGCGGACGAACCCGGUGAAGAUGGUGUGGAGCACGCUGUGGGACCAGCCGCUGCCGCCGGGCAACUACCGCUCGCAGGUCGCCAUGCAUUCGAUGAGCACGCGGCGGCUCACCGAGUCGGAGCACGCCUCGCUCUACAUGGGCGAGCACUGAGGGCGAGCGGAGCACAGAGAGCACCGCGCAGCCCGGCCUGCGGCUGGCAGAACGUCAGGCGCCAGGGAUGCGCUGGGCUCCAUUUUUAGCGGAGCGCGUUUAGACAUUUCGUUAAGUGACGCAUUGAUCAAUGAUCCAGACCGCCGAUCGGAGUGGU